AAAAAAGAAAAGAGAACAUGAGACUGUCUCUUCCCAUCAACACUCUCAUAAAUCUCCCAAAACCUCGGUUUCUAAUUCCCUUUUCUUCUCGUUCCCUGAGCUUGGCGUUUCCUACUCCAUCGGUUCAUCGCGUUCCGGUGGUUUCGCCUCGUCUGUGUUGUUGUCACUGGUUCUCGACGAAGGCGAUGACGAAUGUUGGAGAGCAAUCGAUUCCUUCAGUCGAAUUGAAGGAGAAGAUUGAGCUCAAUGAGAAAGAACGGAAAAUUUUCGAUCGGCUUUUAAGUACUCUCCGUUAUUGUAACCUUGACACGCAGCUUCGCGUCGCCGGUGGUUGGGUCCGUGAUAAGCUUCUAGGGAAAGAGAGUGAUGAUAUUGACAUAGCUAUUGAUAAUAUGUCGGGAAGUGAUUUUCUUGAUAAGUUCAAGGAAUAUUUAUCUUCUAGAGAUGAACAAGUACAAGGCGACACUGUUAUUGAAAGGAACCCUGACCAAUCCAAACACUUGGAGACAGCAAAGCUCCGCAUUUAUGACCAAUGGAUAGAUUUUGUGAACUUGAGAAGUGAAGAAUACACAGAGAAUAGUCGUAUUCCUACAAUGAAAUUUGGCACCGCAAAAGAGGAUGCUUAUCGUAGAGAUUUAACCAUAAAUAGUUUAUUCUACAACAUCAACUCUGGCUCAGUAGAAGACCUUACUGAAAGAGGCAUCGAUGACCUGAAGUCUGGAAAAAUUGUUACACCCUUGCCUGCAAAAGCUACAUUUCUGGAUGAUCCUUUGCGAGUUCUCCGGGCUAUUCGCUUUGGUGCGAGGUUUGGUUUUACUCUGGAUGAAGAACUAAAAGAAGCUGCUUCAAGUGAGGAAGUAAGAGUAGCUCUGGGAGAGAAAAUUAGCAGAGAGCGGAUUGGGAAUGAAAUUGAUUUGAUGAUAUCUGGGAAUGGGCCAGUUUCGGCGGUUACCUAUCUUUCUGAGUUGAAACUAUUUAGGGUUGUGUUUGCUCUUCCCUCUUCAGCUGAGCCUUCACCAUCAGAGAAUUGUGGCAGCCUCUCCCAAGCCUACUUGGAAGCUAUGUGGAGACUGCUUCAAACACCUGGGAUAGGAAACUUCAGUGGUGAACAAACACGGCUUGCUCUGUAUGCUGCUAUGUUUCUCCCCUUCAGGAAAACCAUUUACAAAGACAACAAGGGUAAAUCGAUUCCUGUUGUCAACCACAUAUUCAAAUUCUCCAUGAAGCGCAAGACCAGUGAUGCUGAAACCGUUAUGAAUAUACAUCAGACCGCAGAAAGAUUUCGACCGUUGAUUUGUCCCCUUGAGACGAAGAACGAUGUAGGACUGGACAAGCUUGAUUGGGCCGCUGAUACUCUUGAGCAUUGGAAGUCCCUCCCCCACAAUGAUGCAGUGGUCCCAGCAACUUCGAAAAUAAGAGUACUCACAGGGUUUUUACUUAGGGAUAUUAAAGACUUCUGGCAUGUUGCUCUCUUAACUUCUUUGUUGUUGUCUGCUACGGUGGACGAUCAAGAAAUUGGGCAAUUGGACUUCCAACUGGAGAAGAUGCGAGAAACUUAUCUAACAGUUGAGGCAACUAUCCAUGAACUAGGUCUUGAUAACAUCUGGGAUGUUAAACCUCUGGUGAAUGGCAGGGAGAUCAUGCAAAUUGCAGAGCUGAAGGGAGGAUCUCUCAUCCGUGUAUGGCAACAGAAACUGCUCACAUGGCAGCUGGCUAACCCCAACGGCACCUCAGAGGAAUGCAAGGAUUGGAUGAGAGAAAUCAAAGCAAAACGACAAAGGACAGAGUGACUUCAGAAUCUAGUGGCUAGUUGUGCUCUGUAGUCUUAUUAAACCUGCUAACAUUGUAGAUUAGUCAAAAGUCAAAAUUCAGAUGUCUCAACAUUUUGGCAAAUUCUUUAUCAGUCAUAGGCUCAUCUCUAGCAGUUUAGCUAUGUGUUUUUUAUGUAACAAAACAGAUUCGAGCAAAAAAAAUUGAAAGAAUGAUAACAAACAUAAA